AUGGCCCGUGCCCCACCUUCCCCCCUGACCCCCAGUAACAUCCCACGCAACCUCAGCUACAUCGCAGGACUCUACGAGCGAGCCUAUUACCGCACCGCCCGGCCAAGCUUGGCGGAAGACUCCGGAACCGAGGGCUCCGAAUCGGAGUCCGAGGGCAGGCCACGGAGCAGGCCACGCAGGCGCCGCCACCUCUUGAGGGGCCCCAAGCGGAGCGGAAGGCGCCGGACACGAUCCGCCCCCGCGUGGGGCAGGAGCAGGGAGGCCUCGCGCAGCCGCAGCCCUGGGACACGCAAGAGGGUCCGUUUCGCCGACUCGCUCGGCCUCGAGCUCACCAGCGUCCGGCAGUUCUGGCCCAACGACCUGCCACAGGUGCCGGAGCGGGUCCAUGCCCAGCUGCGCCGUGACUCACUCAGCCACUUCGCCCCUUGCCUGCCUUUUUGUCCGCCUGCAAAGGACCCCCUGAGCCUUCGCUGCCUGCUCGAGCCCACGUUCCCGGACCCCCUGACGAUGCCGGAUUUCUUGCCACGCCUCCUGGCGCAGUGCGUGCUGCUGGAGGGGGCACGGGCCGAGGGGGCCUGCGUGUCCGGCACCAUCCGGGUGCUCAACCUGGCCUUCGAGAAACGGGUCUCCGUCCGAUACACCUGGGACGCCUGGGGCACGCACCGCGAAGUCCGGGCCUCCUACGCCGCCCCUGCGGGCCGGGGCCGGGACCACGCCGACCGCUUCGCCUUCCAGCUGCCACUGCCCGUGCCACUGCCCCCGGGGGUCUUCCUGGAGUUUGCCCUCUGCUACCUGGUGGGGGGGAAGGAAUACUGGGACAACAACCAUGGCCGCAACUACACCCUGCGCCCCCCACCCUGUGUGGACGAGGAGGAGGAGCCCCUCAGCCCUACGCAGGAUUGCUGCGAGACGGGGUGGAUACACUUCCUGUAG